ACAAGCGAAGGGAAUGAAAUGGCUGUUUUGGACGGGCUUUUUCUGCUCCGUUCUGGCUUUCCUGAGCCUCUUCGUGGCGUUUGCUACCCCCUAUUGGAUCCAGUCCUGGCGGCGAGUCCACAGUCCCCUGGCUAACACCGUAUGGGAGAUCUGUCUGUCGGGUUACAUCAAACCGGACCCGACACUGGCCGCUUAUGUCGGCUGUUGGUGGAUCCAUACCACAAUCUUCCAUGACAUCGCCAAGGACAUCAUGCCGCCAUGGUUCCGUCUUGUGCAGGCGUUCACCAUCAUCAGUAUGCUGUUCCUCAUCGUGGUCUCCAUCCUGCUGGGUCUGUUCAGGCCAGAAGACACCCGAGACAGCUUGUACAAGAAAAACCAACACAGGCUGAUGUUUGGGAAUGCUGCCUUCCUUCUACUAACAGCUGCCAUGAUCUUCAUUGAUUCGCUGGUGUUUGCCAUGGAGACUAAAGACCCUUACUGGAUGCCCCGCCCACAUCUCAACUACCUGUCCUGGUCAUAUGGAUUCAAUGUUGUGGCUGGAUUUUGCGCAGCGUUUGCAGGAAUCUGUGUGACCCUGAUGGCACUGAUCCUGAAGGAAACGAAGGACAACGCUAAUAUGCCGUGGCAACCAAAGGUGGAGGCAACCAAACCGAUGUCACACGCACCUCCUCCACCAUCGGAGACCAGCUCCAAGUCAUAUGGCACAGCAAGUCAGAUGUCCCAGUCUUAUGCCCCGCAGCGACCUCAGGUCGCCCAAUACUACCCGACAUCUUCGCCCAUCGACAAAGAGAAACCUCCACAUCGACCGAUGACAGAGAAACCCUACGUGCCCCAAUACUACCCAUCAUCAGCACCCAUUGAUCGCUCCAAACCACAGGAUGACUACGCCCCAAGGAAGCCAUAUGUCCAGCCGUACAAACCAAGCCAACCCCCCAUUGACCAGACGCCACGGUCACACUAUUCAACAUCAUACCAGCCUGUAUACUCUGUGGCAGUCAAGCGAACACCCAAGGGAUCCAGCAAUGAGGACACUAAGGAAUCUGACGUUUGAGGUUAUGAUCUGCGUGCUUCUUUUCUGUGUUGGAUAAGAACACUGGAUAUUUAGAUGACCACCAUGCAGUGGGGCCCUCCUUUGAUGAAAGAUGAAUGUUUGUUUUAUCCUCUGCUUCAGAUGCCACAUAAAGUUUUUUUUUAAGUCGGAUAAUAGCCCUGGAAUGUUUUCUGGUAGCCAUCUUGAACUUUCUUGUUGAAUCAUCAAAAAGCUGUUGAAAGCAGAACCAUGUACUUUUCACACGCUGCAGUCAUGUCUGUGGUCUUCUUCACGUUAAAGGAUUUAUCAUCAUUCAUAUUUUUCUUGAUAUCUUCAAGGAGUUAAUAAAUAAUGGUGAACAUAGCUUAUGUAAUAAUUUUGGUGUUUUGAAUAAUGGCUUAAUAAUAUUUCAUUAAAUUUAAACAAAACUAGGCCCAAAAAACAUUGACAUUUACUUUCCUAUGUGCAUACCACAUUCUGUAUUACAGCAUGUAUCACAUCUGCAUCGUUUUCAGUUAUGCAUAGAAAGGCCAACUAACUUUAGAAAAAAUUUCUUGCCUUUGUAUCAAAUAUGUUGCACAUUUAUGAAUAUAUAUGCAAAUUUUUAUCAUUAUAAAAGUAUUUCACAUGAAUAACAUCAUUUGUACAUAUAGCCUGUAUUUGCUGUGAGAAUUUCCUAGUAGGUGUACAUAUAUAGAAGUAUGUAGAUGCAAAUUCAAUUCAAAUUCAGUUAAUAAUUUUUAAAAAUUCAUCAAACCAUAGGGAAUCAAUGAAUUUUAAUUGCAGCCUAUAGUUUUGUAUGAUGUAAAGAUGAUAAAAUAUGAGGAAAUAUUUGUGCAUUAUAUUUAAAACAUAUCGCCCAUUCUUGUACUGUAUAUACAUUUUAUAUUCCAAAUGUAAGAUUAAAAU